AUGCGAAACCUGCAGCUGGUGAGUGCGCACCCCCAGGUCUCCGCACCGAUCCCGCCUGGAGUUCCGGGCCGCCGACCCAGGCGCCCGGCAGUGACUCAGCGCGGGAGGGUGGCGACUCGUUGGCACUGGAGAUUCGAACUGUUCUGAGCCUUUCACGCAGGGAUGCGUGGGGUGAACAAGUGUCUUCCGAGCUAGUGCUGGUGCCUAGGGCAAGUGCUGGUGCCUAGGGCCGAGCUGGGGCGGGAGGGAGAGGGCCAGACCCAGAGACCAGGUCGGGCCAGAGAAGCCACGGCUGCACCGCCUUGCCUGCCUGGGCCAGGGCCGGGGUGCGGGGUGGGUCCUGAGCGUCUGACCCAGCUGCCCGCCCUAGGACACCAAGAUGCCUGACGAACAGCAGGCACAGAAGGAGGAGGAGGAGGAGGAGAUGCAAGAGGAGAUGGUGCUGCUGGUGAAGGAUGAAAAUGAGGGUGAGGAGAAGUAUGAGGUGGUGAAACUCAAGAUCCCCGUGGACAACAAGGAGGUGAGGAAACUGAGGCCCAGGAAGCUUGACAGUUUGGUGACUGGCCAAGGUCUCAAAGUUAGUAAAGAGAUGGCUUGUCUGAGACCAGUGCGAGUGAGGGGUGAGCAGAUCCCGAGCAAGGCCUCAGCGCAGUCCGCCGACCCGGCGCGCCCACACGCAUGCCCGGACUGUGGCCGCGCUUUUGCGCGCCGGUCCACGCUAGCCAAGCACUCGCGCACGCACACGGGUGAACGGCCUUUCGAAUGCCCCGAGUGCGGCCGGGGCUUCUCGCAGAAGUCGGCGCUGACCAAACACGGCCGCACGCACACCGGCGAGCGGCCCUUCGUUUGCACCGAGUGCGGCCAGCGCUUUUCCCAGAAGUCGGCGCUGACCAAACAUGGCCGCAUGCACACGGGCGAGCGGCCCUACAAGUGCCCGGAGUGUGACAAGAGCUUCUCCGCCGCCUCGAACCUGCAGCAACACAGGCGGCGCCACACCGGCGAGAAGCCCUACGCGUGCACGCAGUGCGGGCGCCGCUUCGCACAGAGCUCCAACUACGCGCAGCACCUGCGCGUGCACACGGGCGAGAAGCCCUACGCCUGCCCCGACUGCGGACGCGCCUUCGGCGGCAGCUCGUGCUUGGCGCGCCACCGACGCACGCACACGGGGGAGCGGCCGUACGUUUGCGCCGACUGCGGCACGCGCUUCGCGCAGAGCUCGGCGCUGGCCAAGCACCGGCGUGUACACACGGGCGAGAAGCCGCACCGCUGUACCGUGUGUGGCCGCCGUUUCGGCCACCGGUCCAACCUGGCGGAGCAUUCGCGCACGCACACAGGCGAGCGGCCCUACCCCUGCACCGAGUGCGGCCGGCGCUUCCGCCUCAGCUCACACUUCGUCCGCCACCGCCGUUCCCACCUGCUAAGCCGUCUCUAUAUCUGCACCGUGUGCGGCCAGGACUUCCAGCUGCCCCCUGGCGCCACGGCCGCCACUGUCUCUGAGCGCUGCCCGGAGUGUGAGAGCAGAUGAGCCCCCUUGUCGCUGCGGGCUGCUAGUGUCUGGCUGAGGAGGAGCAUGCCAGGGCCCCGACCCCCAGGGGCUGGACUAACCUGGACAGGGACCCCGGGACCCUGGUCUGGGAAAGGGUGGGAUGGCAGAACUGGCUGCCCGGGACCUGGAAGACAUGGCAAAUCCCCUGCUGGGAUUUUUGGAAACCGUGGCCUCUUCCCCCUCACUACAAAUCCUCGACCCGUGUUAGUGAAUAAAGUAUUAUAUAUUCACGCA